ACCUUCCCUCCUCCCUCUAAAUGGGUUGUCUCGGUAACGUUUGAUUGUGCACGAGACUAACGUUCGCCAGCCCUUAAUGAGCAUGUUUACAAUGGGGAUGAACAUAGCGUACUAUUUUUAGUUUAUACAUUAGGCAUUUAUAAAAAAAUACACAUAACCGACAGACACAACAGACUAGACGUAUGUUACAUUAAUUGCUAACACAAAAGCAAUAUGGAGGAGGAGACACCAUCUAUCUGAAACUGUGGGUCUCUCCGAGGCUUUGUCGUGCAGUGUUUUCUUCUGUUUGCGUGCUAACUAACGUUAGCCACACAACGCCCCCUUAUAUUGUAUGUAUUUUUCACAACGACAAUGCUAAUGAAGAGAGGGGAAAACGUUGUUGUUUUUUUUCUUUAUUUCUGCAUUUCCACAUUGUGCAGUCGUCGCCAGGUGUGGAAACCUGUGCACAGUUGUUGAUGCUGCACUUGAAGCAAACGGUCAGACAUCAGUGAAGGGAUGAAUAUUGAGGGAGCGACUCAGUAAAUAUCCUGCUAAUAGUGAUCAGAAUGGAAGCCCAUUCCUAACAAUGUGUUAACAAAUAUGUCAUAAUGAGAAUAUUACUCAAAAUUAAUGACUUAGUUUCGCCAUGACUUAGGUAUAUAUGACUUGUGUCAUACUAAUCUCAAAAUAAUGAGAAGCUUUGUCAAAAUAUUGAGUUGUGUAACAAUAAACUUAUUUCAAGACAAGUACAUUUUUUGAGAAGGUUUUUUGGUAUUUUGCACCAUUAAGUUAUUAUUUCUCUAUGACAAGUAAUUCUUUUCAGAAGGAUUCUCAUUAUUUCGCGACACUAAGUUGUAAUUUUGAGAUACUAAGUCAUUAUUUUGUAAAUGUUUCUCAUACAUAUUUUCAUCAAAAGGUUACGUUUUAUUAUUCAUAGAUAAGGGGAGGCUGUGGCUCAGUGGGGUAGUGCGCUGAACUUUGAAUCAGGGGGAUAGCAAGUUCCAGUCGCACUGCAGUCAGCAUGUCGUUGUGUCCCUGGGCAAGACACUUCACCCCAAAUUGCUCCUGUGGGGAUUGUCCACAGUACUGAAUGAAUGAACCUGCUGGUCCCCAGGUCAACCUGAUGAGUAUGAGCCUGACUACAGAACCCCCUAAUGAUGUUCCCGCUGUUAAAGAAGAAAGCAAAAUGACCGCGGUCCCUGAAAAGAAGGACAAGAAGCCAGAGGAUGUGGCAGAGGAAGAGGAGGAGGAGGAAGAAUAUGUGGUGGAAAAGGUCCUGAAUCGGCGGGUGGUGAAAGGGAGAGUAGAUUAUCUUCUCAAGUGGAAAGGCUUCUCUGAGGAAGACAACACCUGGGAGCCAUCGGACAAUCUGGAUUGUCCAGAUUUGAUUGCAGAAUUCCUACAGUCCCAGAAAACAGCACAGGACGUGAAGAGAAAGGCGGCCGGAGACGCAGAAGGAGACGACAGUAAGACGAAGAAGAAAAAAGACGAUACAGAGAAGCUCAGGGGCUUUGCUCGAGGGUUGGAUCCAGAGAGGAUUAUUGGUGCCACAGACUCCACAGGAGAACUCAUGUUCCUCAUGAAAUGGAAAAACUCAGAUGAAGCUGACCUGGUGCCGGCGAAGGAGGCCAACAUGAAGUGUCCGCAGGUGGUCAUCGCUUUCUAUGAGGAGAGACUUACAUGGCACUCGUAUCCCACCGAAGACGAGAAAAAAGAGGAGAAAAUCUAACACAGGGCCAGGGGUGAGGGGGAAAAAGAGAAAUUGUAGUUUGGAAUGUUAUUGUACUUUUGAGAAGGGAUUUGUGGGGGUUCAAAUGGAGGGGGGCAAAAACAAGCAAGACUCCAUUGAAUGCGUCUUGAUGUAGUAUCACUCAUUGGAUUCUACUUUUAUUCAGAUAUGAACGAUCUGUAAAUAUAAGCUUUAGGUUUGCUUGACAAAUCCAAAGUGAAAUGUAAAACGCAAUGUUAUUUUUCAGUAUUGGCAGAGAAUAUUCACUUUUGUUUUCUUGAAAAAAAAACAUAGGGUCCAGUGCUCGGUCAUCUUGCUAUGCCAUUGUGUCAGUGAGGUGAUGUUUUGAUUUCAUUCGUGUGCCUUUUUAAAUAUUUUAACUGGUUCAUUUUGAGUCAAUCCUGGCUGUUUUAUAAGGACUUGUUUGGUGUACGGUUACAAACUCUUUUCAGUGAUUCAUUUGUAAUCUUUAAAGUGUUUAUCAUGUUAAGUCUUGCUUGUCGGUUUUGGAAAAUAAACCACUUUUUGUUACUUUGGUGGUGUCGCUAAAAACAGGAUUAUUACCGUGUCUUAUAUUAAAUGCAGAGAGCCAACG